ACAGAGUGGGCUUAAUUCUAAGCCUUUCUUUGGACUGAGUUUUUGUGGUUAACUUACUCAAUUGAGAUAUACUGCACUGGUUACCCAAAGGCCAGAGCAGUACCAGCAUCAAAAUAGUGACAGUUUUGAAUACCAUAGUAUCUGUGCAUUUAGGGUAUUUUGAUUAAAGAAGAUAAAGAGGCCAGAAUAGAUCUUAUCCUCAUCUUCACCUAACUGCAGCAUCAAAAGUUAAGAAAGAGCAUCUUCAGGGCACUUUUAGGUGAGAAGAAAGUCUAGAAAUGGAUCCAAACAAUUGUUUACUUCUGAACUUGAAAGUGGACAAUUUCAUGAACUGCAGUGCCUCCAAUAGCAGCGUGGAUCUCCCUGUGAAUGAUGACUGGUUCCACCCGGGGAUCCUCUAUGUCAUCCCUGCAAUUUAUGGGGUUAUCAUCCUGAUAGGCCUCAUUGGCAACAUCACUCUGAUCAAGAUCUUCUGUACAGUCAAAUCCAUGAGAAAUGUGCCGAACCUGUUCAUCUCCAGUCUGGCUUUGGGAGACCUGCUCCUCCUGGUAACAUGUGCUCCUGUAGAUGCCAGCAGGUACCUGGCCGACAGAUGGCUAUUUGGCAGGAUUGGCUGCAAGCUGAUCCCCUUUAUACAGCUAACCUCGGUGGGGGUGUCUGUCUUCACAUUGACGGCACUGUCAGCAGACAGGUACAAAGCCAUUGUCCGGCCAAUGGAUAUCCAGACAUCCCAUGCCCUGAUGAAGAUCUGCAUCAAAGCCGCCUUGAUCUGGAUCAUCUCCAUGUUGCUGGCCAUCCCAGAGGCUGUGUUCUCUGACCUCCAUCCUUUCCAUGAGGAAAGCACCAACCAGACAUUCAUUAGCUGUGCCCCAUACCCACAUUCUAAUGAUCUGCACCCCAAAAUCCACUCCAUGGCUUCCUUUCUUGUCUUCUACAUCAUCCCACUGUCGAUCAUCUCUGUGUACUAUUACUUCAUUGCCAAAAACCUGAUCCAGAGUGCUUAUAAUCUGCCCGUGGAGGGAAAUAUACAUGUCAAGAAGCAGAUGGAAUCCCGGAAGCGGCUUGCCAAGACAGUGCUGGUGUUUGUGGGCCUCUUUGCUUUCUGCUGGCUCCCCAAUCAUGUCAUCUACCUGUACCGUUCCUACCACUACUCUGAAGUGGACACCUCCAUGCUCCACUUUGUCACUAGUAUCUGUGCCCGCCUCCUGGCCUUCACCAACUCCUGCGUGAACCCCUUUGCCCUCUACUUGCUGAGCAAGACUUUCAGGAAGCAGUUCAACACCCAGCUCCUCUGUUGCCGGCCUGGCCUGAUCAGCCGGUCCCAUAGCACUGGCAGAAGUACAACCUGCAUGACCUCUUUCAAGAGUACCAACCCCUCCGUGGCCACCUUCAGCCUCAUCAAUGGAAACAUCUGUCACGAGGGGUAUGUUUAGACCUAACUCUUGACCUUGACCCCCUGGGGACUCCUGGUUUUGCUUUACAGCUGGAAUCCCAGUCCUUGAAUCUGUACUUGUCUCUGUACCCUCUAGAGGGUUCUUGACUGGUGUAGGUGGGUGGAGGAGAGACCCAACUGGAUCACUGUUGUGUUUCAAAGGAAGUUGUCAAGGCUUAGCUUUCCCAUUUCAACUUGUAAAUGCAUCUUUGCAUUUUUAGAAAAGGAAACAAACAGAAAAGUAUUAUAUUAAGCAUCAAGCUCUGAUGUAUAGGCAUGGCCAAAUUCAGUCACAGAAAUAAUCUGGCCCUCUAGAUGGAUAAAUCAGGGAAAUCAGGCCUUGACUGUCUAGUUUGGGAAACUUCACCUUGUCAUUUCUUUAAGUAGAAGUUAAUACUUUUAAAAUAUGACUCGAUUCCUUUCCCAGGAAUAUCUAUAACACAUAAACUGGGGAAGAAUUUUAUUUACAUUUCUGACAUGAAAAGUCAACCCUAUGAAAAGCCUCAUGUAUGAACAAUGUUCUCCAAAUUUAUAACACUGGAAGCCAGUUUAAUACAAGACAAGCCUCAAUUUGAAUAAUUACACACACAUGGAAAUAGAAAAAAAAACUCUCUAAACAUUAAUUUUAAAAAAAUAUUACCAAGGGUUAGGAGGAAUACUCAACAAAAAUAUAAUCAAACACAUUCACAUAUUUAAAUAUCAAUGUGUGGCUAUAGAGUGAUAUCUCACAUUGUAACUGUCACUCAACUUUAAUUAUCACAGUGCCAUUCUACCAUAGAAGAUAAAUCUUCCUGGAGAAAAAGUUGACCAUGCUGUCAAUUAAUCAAAUAUUUAAAAUAUUUAUAAAUGCAUAAAGGAUGGUAUUUAUUUUUGGUGUACAGGUUUUGUUUUUUGGUGUUUGUUUUAUUGUUGUUGUUUUGGGAUGGAACCCAGGACCUUGGGCAUGACAGGCAAGUGCUCUACCACUGAGCCACACUUCCGGCUCAGUACAUAGAUUUUGAGCCAAAUGUAUUCACUUAGAUUUAACUGUCUGUUACAUUGAAGCACUGCUUUCAGUAUCAGAAAGAAGGGGUUGUAUCUGAGUAGAAAUAGAAACAUGCUUAUAUUUAAUGUAUGUUUUCCCUAAAUUUGUAGGAGGAAAUUAAUAAAAUUUCAGUGACAUGUAUUUCUGUCUGAAUAUGUAUAAGAAAGUUGCAGGGGGCUUAUGUUUAAGAAUAGAUUUAAAAAACAGGUACAGAUUUGUUUUUACUUCAGAGGAGUAGUUAUGAAAUAGCCCAUGUGCAGAAAAAAGACUAGACUGAAUUUUUUUUUCCUGAGUAAAAUUGGCUAUAAAAAGAUUGGGCUAUCUUACUUUUGAAACCCUGGUUUGAGUUUUUCUUGACUCAAAGACAGGCCAAUUCUGACAGAUUGCAACCAAGUAACUCAAUUUCAGUUGAAUCCAAAUUCCACAAAUGUGCCCUAAAAUGUAUCCCUUGCACCCUAAGGCAAUUGGCAAUUUGGUUAAGGUUUUCUCUACCUAGGUGAGAUAGAAACAGUCAGCAAUCUUUUCCACAUGGCACGUUUGAAAGUUUUUUUUCUUUUGACACUGGAAAAUUCUCAUUUUCUGUGGAGCUUUAAGAGUUAAGACUAAGACCAUUGUAAAGACCCGUGUUUACAAUUUUAUUAGCUGGAACUCUUCACUUCUGCUUUCUACAUGGCCUGAUGUACUGUAUGCACCACACCUUUUUUGGUGACCCAUAAUUACACUGCACAGUUUGCAAAGCAAGACAGACAAUGUAGCGCAAAGAGCUUGACAUCCCAACUCUGCCUCUAGCUAUAUGACUUUGACAUUUAAUUUCCCUUCUUUGCCAGAUGUGACGAUGCACAUCUGUAAUCCCAGUGACUAGGGAGACUGAGGAAGGAGAAUGGCAAGUUCAAAGCCAGCUUCAGCAACUUAUCUAGGUCCUAAGAAACUCAGUAAGACCCUGUCUCUAAAUUAAAAAAAAAUACAAAAAGUCUGGGGAUGUGGCUUAGUGGUUAAGCACUCUUGUGUUCAGUCCCUAAUAAAUUCUCUAAAUUUAUUUUUUUCACCUCCAAAAUGAGAAAACAGUGCUAAAUCCCUCAUUGCUAAAAUUCUCUGAGUUUCUUCAUCAUUUCUAGUUCUAUGUUGAAAGCAUUUAUGUAGUUCACUUUUUUUUUUUUUUUGGUACUAGAAAUUGAACUGAGGGGCACUUUACCACUGAGCUACAGACCCAGCCCCCCAUUUUUUAAUUUUAAAUUUUGAGACAGGGUCUUGUUAAGUUGCUUAGGGUCACAUUAAAUUGCUGAGGCUGGCCUCAAACUUGCAAUCCUCCUGCCUCAGCCUCCUGAGUCGCUGGAAUUACCAGGCAAGUACCAGCACACCCAGCUGUAGCUCACUUCUUACAGCUGCCCUAAUUCUGCAUCUCUUGCAACAAUAACUCUCUGGAAUUUCUUCAAUCACCAUUUCAUACUCAGGUGCAUGCUGGUGGUAUUAAAGAAGACAGGUCAUUCUACUGCAUAAGGGACUCCUUGGAAUCAUUUGCAUGAAUGCACAAUGUUUUGGAAUUAGAGUUGAAAGAAAUGUAAAGCAUAUUGCUCAAUCUUCUCAUUAUUCAAAGGGUACUCUUCCUACUCACCCUUUGACUUCCAUGCAUCUGUUAAAUUGAACUACUAUUCCAAAAUUUUGCCCUUGGCUUCCUUCAAAGCUUUUGCAUAUGAAUGACUUCAGGCCUACUUAGUUGCUAACAUAUAUAGUAUUCUGGGUGCAUAGAAUUCCAGUAUGUAGAAUUUGGGGGUACUAGUUCGAGGAUUUCUGAUCCCCAGAGACAUUUGGGGAGCAGAACUCUUCUCCAUGUUUCUUUCGGUUAGCAUCAGGGCAGAAGAUUGAGGUCUAUGUGUCUUUAGGCAAAUCUGGUUACUUCCUAAAGACUCUUAAAUAAACAAAAGUGUUGGAAGGGUUCUUUGCCAAUCAGUGACCAAGAACCGGUAAAACCAUUUUGUGAAUUAACUCAUGGGUUAACUCAGACCUUCUGGGUAGGAAGGACUUAAUUGGGUCCUUGUAUUCCCCCUUGAAAACCUAAAAUCAUGUGAGAGCUCCAAGACCUAUGUAUAUCACCUCUCUGCCAGGGCAAAGUGGAGCAGGGGCUGGAGCUGAGACAUUUCAUGCCUGGCUUCCAAAGAUAAUCACGUUUAGCACUUAUGUCUUUGGUGAGGAAAAAAAAAAUCAAUUUUUGCUGUGGAAAACCAUCUGUGUUUAUUCAAUUGACAGAUACUACCUUUCAAUCUAUCUUUAAUCGAGCCUCCCUGAGGCAAGCAGUUCAACAGUGAUAGAUUAAGCAAUAAACAAAGCCAUCUUCCCACCAUUGGCUGCUGUGGGCAGGGAAGGCACAGUUGCUAUUGGGAGCAAUAUUCCACAGCAAGAUGAUUGUCCCUGCUUAGCACGGACAAAGCCCCUCCCUAGUGAUGCUUUUAUGAUUCCCUGUUCUUCUGGCUGCUCUUGCUCCCCCACUGAACCUGGCCUUCUCUAUUAGCAAACCCUGGAUCUCCCUCGUUGCCCCACAAACAAUUUAGUUUCAUCUUGGAAGAUGGUGACUCCUUAGGUAAAUAAAUUAGAGGCUGUAGCAGAUGAUCCACGCUCAUCUUGUUAUGAAAAUGUACAUCGAAAAGAAAUAAGUGAACUUGACUGUAGGACAUGGGCCUACUUUGGUUAUAAAGUACUCAUUUGUGCCAAGUUUAGCAGUUCAUUAUUGAUUUCAGAGUCUCUUCACAUAUCACAUAGAUUUUAGUAAUAGAGAUUAGCUUUGGGGAUGACAUGUUAAUGACCUUUUCAUCUGUGAAGUAAAAGGUGGCUAAGUCACUUUUCCCAGACACUAGAUAGAAACAAUCACCCUGGGACCAGACUCCAUGAGAAUCACAUGAAUACCAUCCACUCAUAUCGUGGUAAAAUGGGAAAGACUCAGCUUUCUGGCCAUUUGUGUCCUUCACAUCCCCACCAGGAGAAAGCUGUUGUCAGAGAGUAGAUUGGAGUUGGACUAGGGUUUCCUGAAGGAAUGGAGCACAUCUUGCAUAUGUGUCUAACUUUUGGGCACAUUUUCAUGGAAUAGAUUAAAAGCUGGAAACAAAGGAAUCCUUUACUCUUGUGGGACCAGGUUCUCAAUGUGUUAUUCAGUGAAGUGAAGCCUUCCCACCCUUUUCUGUAUUCUGUAUUUGGAUGGUCACUCCACCCCUUCCCCACAACACAAAUACACAGCAACUUGAAUAUCAUGCAAUCUCUUACUAUAACUUUGGCCUUCAAAUAUACCCUUUGCCAGGUGAGAGAGGAGCAAACAUUAACUCCAUGUGAUUAUAUCCAGAGUAAUCAACAUGAAUAGUGCACUGGGAUCAAACAUUUUCUUGUGAAACCUCACAUUAGAAACUCAUUCAGUGAGGGCUAGGGAUGUAGCUCAGUGGUAGAGCACCCGCCUAGGCUGUGUGAGGCCCUGGGUUCCACCCAGUAUGGGUGGGGAGGGUGCAGAAAAGGAAUGCAUUCAAUGGAAUUUAUAUAAUUUUUAAAAAAACUUUCAGUGUUGUGCAUAUAUUAAAUAUAUAAGGUAAGAGCCUUUGGGUUAGACUACUACAUAUUCAGGACCAAUUCAAAAGAAUACUUUGCAUUCACCUAUGUUCAUUACCUGGUCUGUAAAGCACUGUGGCACUCAUGACCACAUCUCAUCCAAGCCUUCCCUGCUGGCCAAAGAGCUGCUUUACAUCAUUUACUUUGGAAAUUUAUAAAUAUUAAAUUCAUUACUAGUGACCAUUAGAUUUAAAGGCCUGUGGAACUAUGUGGUUAAAACCUGAAACUGUCAACAUUAGAUCAUAUUUGGCCUAUGAAAAGACAAUUUCAUCAGGUUCAAUUUAAUCUGAUUUCAUUUUGUUCUGAUGUGAACUAAACAUGUUUCAUUGUCAUGGUCUGUUCUGUGAUAUUGAAGAACAGUGCUAAUCAUCGCUUCCCCAGAUUACACGAUGUUUUGUUGCCCCACAAGUGAGUCUGUUUAACUUGGUACAAGGGAAUAAACAGGGUCAUUGUUGACUGUCCCAGGAGAGGCAUAAUAAUGGAAAUGACAUUCUGCAUUAUGAAAAAAAAAUGACACAAAAUGACCAGAGGUUGAAGAUAUAGCUCAGUGGUAAAGUUCUUGCAUAGUAUGCAUGAAGCACUGGGUUCCAUCCCAGUACCGAAGAAACAAAAACAGAAACAAACAAACAACAAUAACAACAACAAAAAAAAAUACAAAGACACAGAAGAGCUGGAUCCUUGAGAGCAAAAACACAGGUCAUAAAUACAUAUAUUUGUCCAAAACCAGAAUGGAGUCCUGUGGUUCUUGAAGUGCUGAGAAAGAAGGGACUUAACUUGACCAAGCACUGACAAUGCUGUGACUCAGGGAGAUUACCUAACCAUCCUAAGGUCCCAUGGAAUACUUGAAUGGUAGAAUAUAAAUGUGGACCUAAAUCUCUAGAGUCCUUAUCUAUACCACUGCUCAGCAUUAAUUCCCCAAUUCAGCCUGUGUGAGAUAUUCAGUUCACAGUACCUAACGGAAAGCUCUGUUCCCUCUUCUGGAUUUUGUCCAUAGGCCUGUGCUAGUGUUAGAUUCAAAGAAUACACACAAAGUACACUGAAAGACAUCAGUUAAGGGCACAUCAGAGGCUGAGGCUGAAGUGUGGUAAAAUGGUGAGAAGGGAAGUCCCCUUAGUUCAGUUGCUUGCACCCUCAUCCCCACCCAGAAACACAAUUCAGUUCCAAGCAGGAGUCCUGGGAAGAAUUCCCCACUUGAUUCUGCAACUAAUUAAAUGGAAAAUAACCUUGGGUGAAGGUCCAAUUCAGAGAUAGGACCCAAGUGAGAACAGCCAACCUGAGCAUCCUUCUUUCAAUCAGUUAGUUGGAGAAAAAGUAUCAGGAAAAGGUGGAACCACCCUGCCCCCCUCUUCCUUCCUAAAAGAGUGAAAUAUGCCAAUGGAUGUGUUCCUGGAGUCUGGGGACCCAAGCUACAUGAAUAGCCUCUACUAGAAAAAUACUUCCCAGACUACUGGCUCAGGUAAGGAACUUGGGUAUGGAAUUAGGAAUCUGAGUGCCUAGCCUAGAAGUCCCAUCACAAACCCAGAUGUCACCAUGUUUCUACCCUCUCUGAGCUCACACCUUUCUAGAAGAUAAGAUUCACUUUUCCUCAAAUUUAAAAUUCACUCCCAGAGUCAUAUAAUAACAUGAAAGGACUCUCAUAAUUUUAUGGUCUUUUAAAAGAAUCAUUUUAAUGGACAAUAAAACCUCAUACAUUCAAAACCUCAUUAACUUCCAGACAAGCUUGAAAAUGUUGCAUAACUCAGGACUUCAGUGUUUAAAAUACAUUAUAUAACUUGGACCUGUUGUGAAUCCAAAUUUUUGUCACUUUGCUUCAAUUUUAGCUAUUGACAUUGAUAAUACAACAUUAAGAAGGUAAAAUUGAUUUUCUUUAAAAAAAUUAUUAUUUUUUUCUCUAAUCUGAACUCUACUGAUUGGACCAUGAACUUUCUUGCAUUAAAGUUGGCAGGGUGAUACAAUAUGUUGAAACAGUCAAUUCAAUGAGUUGUAAAAAUAUAUGGCACAAACUUCUUUAGUGUCAUUUUGUGUUUUGUUUUAAAUAUUAGACACAUUUUGUAAAUUAUAAUUGUACUUGUUACUAUUAACUAUAAAUAUUUAUUGCAUUGAAAAAUGUACUCUGUUAAAUAACUCAGAACAAGUUCCAGGUGUGGUACUUAGUUUAAAUAAUGUCAUGGUUUGGCUUUGCCUAGACUCCUUGGACAAAUGAAUUAUUUAUAAGAAAUUCACAAUAUUCCUAUGAAUGAUUCAGAUCCUUUUAAAUGUGCAAACUUAACUGUGUGGCCAUGUACAACUCUAUGUAUAAAGUGUGCUCUUUGAAUUUUUAUUUUUAAAGAAGUGUUUCCAACGCAUCUAUCACAUCGUGUGUGAUCUAUAUGACAAGUCAAAUCCAGUGUAGUAAGCCAAAUGUUCAAGUCAUAGAUGAUAAUAAAUUGAACUUAUUCUUUAAUGUAAUAAAGUAUAAUUUGUGAAAUAGAUAGAUGCAUGUAUCCA